CAAUUGACAAUGCCUGUAUAUUGACAUGUGUAAAGAGAGUGGAAUCAGAUGAUUGUAUAACCCGACUACUGAGACCAGGUGUAAAUGAUAAAGGAUUGUGGUGAGGUUUUUCAACCCUCUCAAUCUUGUAAUGCGUCAGCUCUUCGUUUGAUUAUUGAGGCCACGAGACAGCGAUGUUCUUCCUACCUUCCCGAGUGGACGCGACCUGGCAAAGAAAACCCUAAUUCCCAACAAACCUCCUCCCAGUUUGAUUUCCAUGCAUUGCAACACGAGAAAAGAAACAGAAGUGAAGGCUUAUAUGAAAAGAUGUGACUUUCGUGAAUUUAUUUAUUUAUUUUUUCAUUUUAAAUCGAAAUACCUGUUAUUGUAGAUUACAAUUUCAAUUUUGCACGGCUCUUGUCUCUGAAGAAGCUUUUAAUUCCAAGUUCCAACCCACAGUUGUUUUUUUUGCCCUUCUUUUUUAGUUACGAAGAGAUUCUAAAUUGCUUUCUCUGUGUAAGUAGUGUGUCGGUUUUCAUACAAAUGGCUUUCAAUGCAGCAGUCCUUACUGUCCUCAAAACCGUUGUUUGGUUGUCACUUAUGAGCAACUUUCGCAUAGUAUUAUCCAAUGAAAUUGAGAUUGAAGAGAGUAAUAUUUACUGCUUGAAAUCAAUAAAGGAUUCCUUGGAAGACCCUUUCAAUUACUUAGGCUCUUCAUGGAAUUUCAGCGACACGAGUAAGGGCUUCAUCUGUAAAUUUAAGGGAAUAGAGUGCUGGAAGAAUGAUGAGAACAAGGUGUUAAAUAUCCGACUCUCAGGCUUGGGACUCAAGGGUCAAUUUCCUCGAGGGUUCUCAAGCUGCACCGCCUUGACCGGUUUAGAUCUUUCAGGGAACAAUCUUUUCGGAAUCAUCCCAAGGUUGAACAUCUCUCUCUCUCUCUCUUCAUACAUUUUGCAUCAUUUCCCCCUCCAUGUUCAGUUGUUCCUUGUUUGUUGUCAGUUAUCCCUCUAAUUAGAAUUUUUGCUCUUUCUCAAUUUCAAGUGGUGUAAGAAAAGCAAAUGCAAUUACAACAUACCAAAGCCGCUGUAUCUUAUGUUCUUAAUUAUAAUCUGAAUAGGUAUAAUAUAUAACCUCCUAUUAUGGGUAACAAACAAUGUUUGUCUAUAACAUAUUGUUUAUAAACAGGGUGAUGGCAUCUUCUUCUAGACUCAAUUUCAAACAUUUGGAUUAAUAUAUUUUUAUUGUUUGCAGAUCCAAAUUAGAGUCUGUGUUCUUUCUCUCUGGACUCAUUUUUAGACUAUUCAGCCAAUUACUUUUUGUUUUCCCUUGUAGUUGAUACUAUAAUUUGGUUUAUAGAUUUCUAAAUUAGAGAAGUUGGUUACUAGAAUAAGCUUCAUAGAACUCGUGAAUGCUACUGAAAAUUUUAGAGAAGACAACAUCCUCAGGUUGGGAAAGACAGGGACAAUGUACAAGGCAGUUUUCUCAAAUGGUUCGUUCCUUGCCAUCAAGAGGUUCUUCGACUCACAAUUCUCUGAAGGACACUUUAUGUUCGAGGUAAUGACUCUAGGUAGAUUGAGACACAUUAAUUUAGUACCUCUGUUUGGUUUCUGUUAUGAAGGAAAGGAAAAACUGUUGGUUUACAAAUAUAUGCCAAAUGGUAACCUCUAUGAUUGGCUACACCCUACGGAUUGCGAGCUCAAGACCAUGAAAUGGCCUGUGAGGGUUAAAAUUGCUGUUGGGUUAGUAAGAGGAUUGGCAUGGCUUCACCAUCACGAUAGAAAAUUCCGGGUAUUCAAUCAAAACAUAAGCUCAAAAUGUGUAUUACUAGAUAAGAAUUUUGAGCCCAAGAUCUGUAAUUUUGGGGAGGCAAAGUUCAUGAACUCGAAUGAUGCUGCUUUGGGUGGGAGUCCUUUCACGAAUGAGGAAUUGUUGGAGCUGGGUUUUGAUAAGAAAGAUGUAUAUAGCUUUGGAAUUGUGCUUCUUGAGCUGCUUACAAGGAAGGAACAUCGUAUGGCAACCAUUGCUGAAGCUUCUGCAAAUUCUGAUAGCAAUUUGGUUGAAUGUGUUGGAAAUGGUUAUAAAAUUUUGGGUAAAAUCAGAAUUUUUUUCUAAGUUUGGUCUAUCUUUUAGGUGGGCCUCGUGCGUCGAUUUUCACGGGUCAAAGUGGUAACGCG